AUGGCAUCGUCCCAUGCUCAACCCCAGAGUCUUCGCCAUGCCAACGACCAAGCCCUCUGGCCCGCCGCUCCCGUCCAGCUCGCGCGCGGCCGCCAGCCCAGAGACGCGCAGGCCAAAACGGUGCCCUUCACCAACAUCACCACCUUUGACCGCUUCGAGGCUUCAGUACGCGACUAUCUCAGCAGCCCGCCAGAGGACCCAGAGCACACAGAUGCCCAGUUCUCCUUCUGGAUAGGCACUCGUUUCUCAGUCCCACCACCCUCGUCCACAUCGACAUCCCGCACGUCUCAGCCCCAGCCGCCAUCUCAGCAGCCCCCGUCGCAGCAACAGCAGCCACCGCAGCAGCAACAGCAACAACAACAACAACAACAACAACAACAGCAACACCAGACUCGCCUCCCCCACCACCAACAACCCCAUACCUCAUCCGGCUAUCAGUCUGCCCCAUAUGGCAGGCCUCCGCAAUAUCAGCCUCUCCCAGACCCCACUCUUGCACCCCGGCCCAGCUUCGCCGAAUCCGUCGAACCGAAUAAUGGGCCCAAGAAAGUGGAGCUCAGGGUCGAGUUGACUGUCGCGGAAGCGUUGCAGCCAACGCCGGACCCCAAGGACAAGAUGCGGAAGCAGAGGGCAAUAGCAAAGUGCUGUGUCGAUGCAAUACAAAAGAUCGAUGGGUACCGCUACAGCUUUCACAAUUGCUGGAACAGCAGAGAGGAUGACAGCUUCCGCUUUUCCUACUACUGCAACGACUCGCUCCUCAACAAGGACCGUGCUGCCAAUGGCAAAGGCGCAAAGAUGGGCAAGCGUGCGACCAAACCUGUCUACGACUGCAAGGGCGUGCUGUCUGUCAAGUUCUCGGCCUCCAAGCAGACGCUUGAUGUCUUCUACAAGCAUGUGCCCAUUCAUAAGACAUACGAAGAGCGCGCACCGCCCCCACGCAAAGAUUCCAAGCGGCGAAAGUACCUCGAGGAAAAUGAUCCAGAGGCAUUGGCGAGGCUCACGAAUCGAUCCAGACAGCUGAGCAGCGAGGAUCCGGACGUUCCCAAGACGAAGAGAAAGAAGCCUCCAACUCCAUCUCUUCCAGACCCUCCAAGGUUGUCCAACACUUCACUUGAAAGUGACCUAAGAGCUCAGAGUCUUCGAUCGCUUUUGGAGCUCAUACAAGUAGACACACCCUCACAGAUAGUGCCGACGUCUUCUGCACCACCUCCACCUCCACCUCCACCGCCCCCUCCUGCCCCUCAUCGUCCUGCUCGGCCAGCACAAGAGCAUUCGGCAGCCCCACAAAACACACUGUAUGUUGAACCUCAUAUUGGGCAGACACCUCAACGAAAGCGACCCAGGACCAGUUGCAAUGCCUGCAAGACAAAGAAGACAAAGUGCGAUAACACACGGCCAAUAUGCCAAACGUGUAUCACCAAAAACCGGGAAUGCUUCUAUCCGGAAUCCGCGACUGAUGAGGACCAACGUCCGACUACCGGUCCUCCUGAGCCGACACAGCACUCCCGUCAAGCGUCUCACUCUGGUCAGGCUUCAAAUAAUGAAUCCGAGCUUGAAAGAUUGAAGAGAGAAUUGGAAGAAGCCAAAGCAAAAAUACGCGAGUUCGAGACGGAGAGGCGCUCCUCAACGACUCCUGUGCAAGCACCACAUACUGCACCCAGACCACGGUCGCAGCCGCAACAGAUUCAUGUCCAGCCACAGCAGCCGCAUGUUCAGCAGCAGCCGCAUGUUCAGCAGCAGCCACACGUUCAGCAGCAGCCACGGCAGAUGCGACCUCAGCCUCAGCCCCAACCUCAGUCUCAGCAGCAGCCUCAGCCUCGCCAUCGCCCUCAGGUCUCACAGUCCCAGACAAUGCCCCAAGUUCCUCAACAGCAGAAACAGCAAACUCCACAACGCCAACAGACCAUGCCAAGCCACCGUCAGCAACUAUCGCAGCUCAACCAAGGCUCGUCGCGUGGUAUUGGCAGCCCACCGCAGCAGUUGAUGUACAAGGUUGGCAGUCAGUCUCCACAGCAACGUCCACAACAACGCCUUCAGAGCCAGCAGCAGCAGAACCAAAUCGGAGCAUCGCAGACAAUGACAACAACACAACAACAGCUCCAAGCACACCAGAUUCAGUCCUCUCAACUCCAAACACCCCAAAAUUACUUUGCAACCAACCACUCUAAUCAUUCUCCCUACGGCACUCUGAACAGACCAAUACCUCAGAAUGGGCAUACCGUCAACGUCAUGACCAACCAGAGUGCACUAAUGCCACAAAAUGGCAUGUCGAUGCAAGGCAACAACGUCCAAGCAGCGCAGACCCAGUCACAAUCCUCGAACCAAACAAACCAAGAAAUGCUCUCUUCAAACGAAGGAAUAGCCUCUGCUGCAGCAACUCUCAACCCCAACAACCCUUUUGCGAGAAGUGAUUAUGCAUGGUCUACCCCUGCAUACUAUGGCUUUCCAAACCAAAAUGCAGCUCAGCACCAACAGCAGCAGUCUCAAGACUCCCAACAGCAACAGCAGGCACAGGCUGAGGACGCGCAUUGGGGCUAA